AUGGGUGGUGGCGGCGGCGGCAGUACGAUUGGCGGCGGCAGCGUGCUAGGCGGACACGGCACACUAAUGAGCACGGCGGGCAUGAGCAAUAGUACGGUUGGCGGUGGCGGUAUGUCUGGUAUGGGAGCUCCUCCUGGCAGCUUGUUACACGGAGGUGGGGUGGGCGGUGCUAACGGAGCGCCCGGCAAUGUGGGCGUCUAUGGCAAUGGCAAUGGUGUUGGUGUGGGCGCAAGUGGGGGCCAGAGUACAGCGCCCGGGUCGGUAAUAGACUCGCGGGCUGUCUCAGUGGUGGUUACUUUGCCCGGCGGGCAGGGCUCCCAGCAUCCGGGGCAGGCAUUGAGCGACUACGGUCCCAUAUAG